UGGGGAAAUUGGGGCUCGGAAUAUCGUCACAGAAGGAGAGGAGUUCGAGGAGUUCGCGAAGGAGCGAGUAUGCCUGGUCGACAGCUUGAGAAUAAAUAUGCUGGCGUUCUUUUGUUUUCUAUAGCCGUCGCAUUCGGUUGUAGAAAACAGGCAGGAGCGAUGGAGAACAGGCCCAGGUGAUGAUGGAAUGUGAUGAAGGGGAGCCAAACGGCAAGAGCAAGAAUCAGGUGAGCGCAAUGGCUAAAAGGAAAGAAGUGAAUGAAGCCUCAUUGCCGUAUAAUAGUAGUAACCUGAUCCCAUUAUCCAACCAGCAAACAUUCAAAGCGCAUGCACUCCGGAUACACACAGACCGUCCACCCUCAUCUUGUCACAACUCAUAGCAGGGCAAUCAGAAGACACAGAAGCGGGGGAAUUGACGCGGAAAUAAACGAGACACUGCCAAUGCGAUUGCGCAUAUUGUUCCUUUGGGGCUGAUGGACAAGGAUGGUGGUGGCUUACUUGGGAUCAGUGAAUGCGACACGGCAACAGAGACCACAACACCACUCGGAAAGCGAAUUGUUGCAAUUUAG